CAGCAGCAGACUCUCCCACCGUCUGGCUGAAUUCGAAUCAUUCAGUUGCUUGUACGAGCUCUCGAUAGACGGACGCGGUCACGGUGAAGAUCUCGCCGCGCAUUCGCGGAGCGUAGGAAGCUAAUUUUGUGUUGCACCGGUAUUUUUACCUUCCUGCAUGAAAAUGUGAUAAUUUAGUGAAACCAAAAAAAAAGAGAAAAAAAUAAAUUGGGUCUCUAUGAGCGGAACUCGUGGUAAAUGAACUAGGUACUGAUUGCUGACUCUGACUGGCUCUGGUUCGUACACAUGUGUGUUAGUGGAAUUCGAUUAGUAAAUUAGUUUCACUCGGAAGAACAUCUGGAUGUCCCAUAAAAGAAGAAGAACCGUGUGUGCGGAGGUGUUAAGGCGAGAUCGUGUUACAAUCGAUACGCGGGAAAUAAAUACACGCGCGUGAUAUCAGAGUGCCAUAUAUAUGUACAUGAAAUCAAGAAUGCGUUAGAUGUGCUCAUGCAAAAAUCUAUCUAUCGAACAGCGUUUGUUUACGACUUCACUCGUAAUUGAUUCGACACUUAGGUAUAAGAUCAACAGCACUGCCUCUCUCUCUCUCUCCAUUCCAUAGCUUCUCUCGGGCUGCAAAUUAUCGGCGCAACACAUUUCGAUUCGCGCCCAGUCUUCAUUGUCUUGAAGCGUAAAAAAUGGUAGUAUAAAAUAUAAAUAGACUGUUACUUUUGUACGGUGAUAAUUUGGUGGUAUCAGUGGAUUUGCGAAAUGAAUUUGUUCUUACUUGGGUUCGAAAGAUUCAGGAACAAAACGUGAAUCAGUUUGAUUUUAUUCGUCGAACAGUGAAAUAACCAAAAAGGAAAACAUAAAAAAGUGGAAAAAUGAAAUCACACAACGAUAUGGACGUUGGCGGAUACAUAAACGAAGAUGAUGAAUUGGAGCCGGUUAUGGAAGACGAAGGAGGUCAGCUGAAAACAAAAAACGGCCAAAAGUAUAUCAUCAAUAGCUCCCACCGUGGCAAAUACGUCCCGAGCUGGUGCUGGUAUUUCACCUUAUUUCUAGUCACUGCACUGAUGCUACUCUCGAUUGUUCUGUUGGUGCUCCUGAUUAAUCAGCAACGAUUAUGCGUUUCGGAAAAUGGCCACGCCAUGGCAAAUGCGUCCUCCACAGUUCUGACGGGAUCGGUUUCAAAUUCCUUGAUUAGCAAUGGACGCAGAGAGGAACCUGCCAGCGGACAGACGAAAAAAUGUUCGCACGAUCCCCGACUGAACACAAACCCGCAAGAGGUGCCACGGAUACGUAACGAUGAUUACAUCGAUGAUGACGAUAGCAGUUUCGGAGCAAAGGACGAAGACGAGGAGGAUGUUAUCCUGCGUAGCGAAGGAUGGAUUCCGUUGCACUACAGGUUAAUGAUCGAACCAAACUUUGAACGCUCAACCAACAAUGGUACGGUUACGAUAGACGUAAUGCGAGACCCAUCCUACGCGGAUCAAAAUCUUCCCAUCAUUCUUGACCUAAAUCAAAUUGAAAUUUUGUCUUCCAGAGUGCUGGGUGUCGACGGCUACGACAUUCCAUUCAACGCGCACUACGGAGCGAACAAUCUCUCGUACGACAUCAAACUCCACGAGCGAACGGAACACUCGCAAAAUGUGACCAUCGUGCUUGAGUUCGAGAGUACGCUAAGUGACACCCUGCAAGGGUUCUACCGGGGAUACUUCCUAAAGGAACACACCAACGGGAAAAGCUGGUUCGCUAGCACUCAGUUUUCUCCGAUCGACGCUCGACGUGCGUUUCCUUGCUUCGAUCGGCCCGAUUUGAAGGCAACCUUCGAUAUAUCGCUGGUCCAUCCGGAGGAGAAAAAAAUGGUCCUCUCGAAUAUGGAGCACGUGAGGACAACCGUGUCCAGACCGGGUUUUCUGCGAGAGGACUUCGAAGUGACCCCCCGAAUGAGUACGUACCUCGUGGCGUUCAUUGUUUCCGAUCUACAGAUGGUUCAAAGCUCGGUGGGAUUCACUCCCCAAAUCAACAUCUGGACCAGACCAGAAGUUAGCAGAAUGACAAAGUAUGUGCAUCAGUUGACAAUGAAAAUUCUGCCGUUUUUGGAGCGAUACUUCGACUUGAAGUUCAACCUGAAGAAAAUCGAUAUGGUAGCAGUUCCGGACUUUGGAUUUAGCGCCAUGGAAAACUGGGGAUUGAUUACGUUCCGAGAAUCCGCCCUUCUCGUCCCCGAGGACAACAACAAGAGCUCGUCGGCCAAGCACAUAGAGGGCGUCGCUUCGGUCGUUGCCCACGAGCUGGCUCACCAAUGGUUCGGAAAUCUGGUGACACCCCGCUGGUGGAACGAUCUGUGGCUGAAGGAAGGCUUCGCAACGUAUAUGAGCUAUGAGUGUCUCGAUUUUGCCGAGAAAAAGUGGCGCGUGUCAGAGUCAUUCGUACAAAGCGAGCUGCAGAAAGCCUUCGAUAAGGACUCGGAUCGCAACUCGCACCCUAUAUCGUUCCCGGUUAACCGCGGUUCGGACAUUCGGAGGAUUUUCGACCCGAUUUCAUACUCGAAGGGAGCUGCAGUCAUAAGGAUGAUGAGUAGCUUUUUGGGACCCGAUGCGUUCAAAGCUGGCAUAGCGGAGUAUCUGAAAAAGUAUCAAUAUGACAACGCGGAACAGGAAGACUUGUGGGAGACAUUAACGAUGAGUGGCCACAAGUAUGGUACGCUACCGGAUACCCUGGACGUCAAGGAAAUCAUGGACACGUGGACGUUGCAACCGGGAUAUCCGGUCAUUACGGCUCAGCGAAUCGGCGCUAAGCAGCUGAGAAUUUCUCAACAGCGGUAUUUGCUGCCUUCGAAAGACUCUACAGAUGACACUCGUUGGUAUGUCCCGAUAACGAUCGUGACGAAGUCUUCUCCUUCGAAAGAUGCAAUCCCGGCACUCUGGUUGAGCUACGAGAACAAAACCAUCGAUGUUGAUAUCGAAGCAGAUGAGGGUGAUUUUGUGUAUCUGAAUGUUGAUAGAACGGGCUAUUAUCGGGUGAAUUAUGAUUAUGCUUCGUGGAAGAAACUAACAAACAACUUCCUAAAUUUGUCACCCCUCACACGCUCGAUACUGGUUGAUGAUGCCUUCAACCUUGCCCGUGCCGAAUUCAUCCAGUACGAUAUUCCAUUGACGCUGAUACUGAUUGUGGCACAGAAUCCACAGGACAUUUCGGCGUGGUCCUCGCUGGCUAGGAAUUUAGGUUUCAUAGAUGCCAUGAUGGCUCGUCAACCGGCUUACGAAAGUUUCCUAGCGGUGAUGCGAUCCGUACUUCGGAAGUCCUUCGAUGAGCUAGGAUUCGAAGAUCGGCCCGACGACGAUCACUUGCAGAUGAUACAUCGCGAGAGGAUUGUUGGGUUGGCUUGUAAGUUUGGAAUAGAUAAAUGUUCGGUUCGCGCGCAAACUCUGUAUCGCCGCUGGAUGACGGAUCAUAGGGAUAAUCAAAUUCCGCCGAACUUGAAGGGGGUGAUCUAUUGCACCUCCCUGAGGGAUGGCGGUGUUCCAGAGUGGAACUUUGCCUACAAGCGGUACAAGGAGACUGACUCAGCGUCCGAGAAAGAAAUGAUUUUGAACGCGUUGGGUUGUACCGUUAAGCCAUGGUUACUAUCGAAAUAUUUGAAUAUGACGUUGGACCCUACAUCUGGAAUUUCAAAACAGGAUGGGGCGAGAGCCUUCCAGUCUGUGGCAAGAAAUUACGCUGGCAAUGAUAUUGCCUUCAACUUCUUGUACGAAAACAUCGAAAAAAUUGCUGAGUACUUCGGCAACGGCUUCUCGACCAUCACCAGAAUCAUCGAUUCGGUUACGCUGCUGAUGAAUCAACACCACCACAAGGAACAGUUCGACCGAUUCGCUCGCAAGGCACACAAACUGGGCCUGAGGACGAUCGAGAAAAGUAUUCGUAUGGCGGAAGAGCAGAUUUCCAACAACAUCCACUGGCGGUCGACAUCCUACUACAAGCUGCAGGAGUUCCUGAACCAACUGAUACAGGAUCUGCACAUGAACAUGUACUAGCUACUUAAGUUACACAAGAUUAACAUCGCAAUUAAGAGAAUAGACUUUUUUAUGGUUUAAGAGAUCCAAGAUCAGCCUCGCAAAUUUAAGACUAAUACGAGAAAUUAUGUUUGGACAAUGAUAACUCUUGAACAAGCUGAGGCGCCCCACCAGCAGCUAAUUCGACGCAAUUUAGAAAACAACGGAUGUUCUGGCUGUGUAUGUAUGUGUGUAAAUUUAUAAUGUUGGCUGCUCGGAACUAUACUAAAUAGGUAGCUUAGAUGAGCGAUAAUGUUAAAAACGAGUUUAAUGCGACAGUAUUUAUUUGAUUCAUAGGUUAGGUUACGUGAAGUCGAGCUGAAAUUUUACCGAGCAUAUGGCAAAAUAGUCCGCUAGCGUGAUAAAUUUCUCAAAGAAAUUGAAUAAGUGAAAAUCGCCAUAUUUUUAACUAGACAUAAUUCCUAGGAGCAAUAGGAUAAAUUUAAAUACGGCCUUAUAAGUAAUGCAAAUGAAUAACGCAAAUGUGCGCAGGUAUCACUAUUUACAUCUAGGAAAUUAAAACGAAAUUGAUUUCUUGCAACGUUGAAAUUAUAUUGGCUGUCAAAAAAGUCCUGCGGUAUUUCCGCGAGGUGUCGUUGUAAGCGCGUAGUUCUAGUUGUAUUCAUUGUAUCGAGUCAUACUAUAGCUUGUUGGAAAGGUAUUUUUGCGCGCUAUAAUAUAGUCCUUGACAGUGUUUUGUUUGGUUAAGUCGUUCGUGAGUUAUAGUGUCGCAAAAUAAAGAGAAAAUCCGACAUAUUUUACAGUACUACUAUUCUUCUUCUUCAAUGGCACUAACGUUCCUAGAGGAACUUCGCCGUCUCAACGUAGUAUUACUUGCGUCAUUUUUUAUUAGUACUUAGUUGAGAUUUCUAUGCCAAAUAACACGUCUUGAAUGCAUUCUGAGUGGCAAGUUCUAGAAUACGCGUGAUCACAGUGCAAGUCGGAGGAAAUUUCUUUGACGAAAAAUUCCCCCGACCAGAACGGGAAUCGAACCCGAACACCCGGCAUGUUAGUUAUGACGCUAACCACUCGGCCAAGGGAGCACCACAGUACUACUAUGACAAAGGCAAAAAUGCAUCUCAAGCUGCCAAUAAAAUUUGUGCAGUUUAUGGACUCGAUACAGUUUCCAUUUCCACCGCACAACGAUGGUUUCAACGUUUUCGUUCUGGUGUAGAGGUCGUCGAAGAUGCGCCACGCUCCGGAAGGCCUGUCGUCGAAAAUUGCGACAAAAUCGCUGAAUUAGCCGAGAAAGACCGGCAUAGUAGCAGCUGCAGCAUCGGCCAAGAGCUGGGGAUAAGUCAUCAAACCGUUAUUAACCAUUUGAAGAAGCUUGGAUUCACAAAGAAGCUCGAUGUAUGGGUGCCACACACGUUGACGCAAAAAAACAUCUUUGACCGUAUCGACGCAAGUGAAUCGCUGCUGAAUCGCAACAAAAUCGACCCGUUUCUGAAGCGGAUGGUGACUGGCGAUGAAAAGUGGGUCACUUACGACAACGUGAAGCGCAAACGGCCGUGGUCGAAGCCCGCUGAAGCGGCUCAGACGGUGGCCAAGCCCUCAUUAACGGCCAGGAAGGUUCUGCUGUGUGCUUGGUGGGAUUGUCAAGGAAUAAUCUAUUAUGAGCUGCUUCCCUAUGGCCAAACGCUCAAUUCGGACCUGUACUGCCAACAACUGGACCGCUUGAAGGUAGCACUCAUGAAGAAGAGGCCAUCUUUGAUAAACAGAGGCCGCAUUGUCUUCCAUCAGGACAACGCCAGGCCACACACUUCUUUGGUGACGCGCCAGAAGCUCCGGGAGCUCGGAUGGGAGGUUUUUUUGCAUCCGCCGGACCUUGCACCAAGUGACUACCACCUGUUUUUGUCCAUGGCGAACGAGCUAGGUAGUCAGAAGUUAGCCACAAAAGAGGCCUGUGAAAAUUGGCUAUCCGAGUAUCCGAGGGUUCAAUGAAGUUGGCAUUUCGUUGGGAACAAGUCAUCGAACAAAACGGCGCAUAUUUGACUUAAAACAGAUGAUUGUAACUAAUUUUAUGAACAAAUGAAAAUUCAAAAAAAAAUACCGCAGGACUUUUUUGACAGCCUAA